AGGCCUUCGUGCGUUCACCUCCUGCGUUGCUAUUCGUGUGUCUAUUUAGGCUACUGCUUUGUUGUAGCGCACGGUUGUCAGGAGCACCACUGGUUCAUUCAAUCCAUACAGAAGGCCAACAAACAUUGUCUGGGAACAAAAAGAAGCAGAAGUGUGUACUGCCGACUAGAUAGUUUGUUGACUUGGCCAAUGAAGAUAGUGCGGAGAUAUGAACGUAUCCACCUGUCCAAGAUGCGACAUGUCUUUCAAGUCUUUGCUUUUGCUUGAAAAACAUAAGGAAAAGUUUUGUAUUGGAGGUGCCACGCCUGUGAGGGAGUCUGAAACCCCGAAAUGUGUGGCAGGCUCUAAGGCUAAAUCUCUGAAGAUGGAUGGAUACAACCCUCAUAUCAGCCGUCAUGACAAGCAAUUAGCUGACCUGUCAAACGCAACCAAACAGCUGGAGAAGCAAAACAGAGAGAUAGACUUAAAGCUGCAUGAGAUGGCUGCUCAGAGGAAGACUGUCUCAGAGGUGGAGAGGACGCUGCAUGAGCUGAAAGCCCAGGAGGAGAGGAACACCAACCUGCUGGAGUCCAUGAUGGCACAGCUACUCGCCCUGCAGGGGGACCCCUUGCUACACAUCACACAAGGGCACAAACAGCAGCGAGAAGAAUCUCAAAGCAGACAGAAUAACCCUCAAGUUUACACCCCCAGACCUAAGGAGAAAGUGACCCAGACUUUGGUUCCUGUCUAUGUGGGUGGAUUACUGUCCUCAGAAAUCAGUAAUUUGCGCCUGUCCUACCUGCAACAUGGCGGCAGCAGUCCCCUGGUGUUAGCCCAGCUGCAGGAGCUGCUGAAUGAAGCCCUGCAGGUGGAAAUGCAUCAUGGGAAACCACCCAACCCCAAGACACAUCAGAGGCAGUGGAGCAAACGGAGGUAUGAUUCAGACUGGUACCGAAUCAACAAACAGCUCAUUGCCACAGAGAUACAGAACCACAAGCUCGAGGAGGAGAUCAGGAAAGCUGAGCUGAGGAAGCGUGAAGCCUCCAGCUUUACCUGGUCUACUCACAUGGGGCAACCCAGAAGACAAGAGGUCCAAGCUAUGAAGAUGGACAUUGACCUCCUGAAGCAUGAGAUUGAGAUGAAUCGCUCAAGAAGACCAAUAAGGACAAGGAAGACGCCACGAUCAUCAUCACUGUUUCCCUUACUGGAGGAUGUCAGAUCCCAGACACCUGCCCUCACGAAGUACCUGUAUGAGCAGACAGAUGCACUCGGACCUGCUCCAUAUGACCCUGUGGCAGGCUUUGUUGUGUUCUAUGACUUCCUGCUGGGCCUGAGCCCGUCAUACCGCCUGUGUCGCCUGACAGUGGGGCUCUUCAGUGGGGAACAGGAGCUGGUCGCCCCCUCCCUCCUGCCCCCGGUGUACUGUGAGCCCGCCAGCCUCUCCUCAUCACUACACCCAGAGCACCACAGCGGGCAGCUGGCCAUGCUAGCUACCAAGCAGGCCGUACCCAGAGUCCAGCCCGCUCCUCCACUCUCCUUAGUGCUUCACCUGCAGGCUUCAGGGGGACAUGACACGUUUGGACAGGAAGUGACACGUCUGGUGUCUCGAGGCUGGGUGAAAGUGGACAUAUUUGACCAGCACAACAGUGUCAUCAGUGGGAGGUGGAGGGUGCCCCUCCGCCUGCUACCAGCCAAACCAUCCAUGACACCUGGAGAGAUGAAUGCUGUGCCGCAGCUGGACAGUGUGGAGCUCUAUCUGAGAGUUGUGAAUGCUCGUGAUGCAGACGUGCAGAGUUCCAUCCCCAUCAGUCACAGCACAGCAGCACUCUAUAGAUUCCCUCCUGUGGUUGGCCGAGGGGGCGUUACGUGA